AUGGGACUUCCAAAACCUAGUAUUUCUAUUCUCGGCCCGGAUCCCAAAAGAAUACAUAGAAUCAAUGCAAAUUCCUUUCAACAAAACGCCAUUACCACUGUUAAUGGAUGGCAAUAUGUAGCAUUCUAUACCGAUCACCCUACGUCUACGAAACCGCACGCUUGUAUGAUGAAUCUGGGUAGAAGAAAAGUCUCACCUACGCAUUCGAAGUGGGAGAUAUUGAGUUUCCAUGAUUAUGAACAGGUGGUUGAUGAUGGACAUAAUACGAUAUCUGUUGGUAUCUGUAGUGGAGAUGGAAGUAUACAUAUAGCUUUUGAUCAUCAUUGUGAUAGAUUGAGAUUUAAAAUUUCAAAUCGUAUAGAUUCAGAAAAACAUCCAGAUGAUUCCAAUGUAUGGAAUGCAUCUCUGUUUUCGCAAACGCAAGAUCAUCUUCCUGGCAUUGCACAUAAUGAACUGAUGGGCGAAGUCACUUAUCCUCGGUUCGUGAACGUGGAUGAUGAUUUGUUGUUGACAUAUCGUAUUGGCCAGGCAGGAUUAGGAUCAGAUAUCCUUUACCGCUACUCGGCAAAGUCUUCCACUUAUACAUAUAUAGGUCAACACCUUACUGGUGUUUCUAACAGUCCAUAUAUAAAUGGUCUUGAUUAUCGAAAUUCGCGUCUUUAUUUGUCAUGGUGUUAUCGAAACUUCAUUCUCUUCGAAGCUUCCACAGGCACAGAUGCGCAUAAACAACAAGCCGGACCCAACGGACCCGAGAACAACUUUGAUCUGAAUUUUGCUUCUUCGGAAGAUAUGGGCAAGACAUGGAAAAGUUCGGAUGGAACAACCUUGGCCGUACUGGAUGGAAAGAAAGAAAACACCAUCUUGCCGCAGUCCAAGGCGAGAGUCUUUGAGAUUCCCAUGGGAAGUGGGAUUUUGAACCAAGAAGCUCAAGCGGUGGAUCGGAAGGGUGGAUUUUGGGUUUUGAACAGAGAAAAUUCUGCGGGCGAACAGCAGUGGAUACUUUAUUACCGUGAUUAUACAGGGGGCUGGACAAAGAAUGCUAUCCCAACUGAUGGCAUAAACAAACCUACCGAAAUUGGCUCAAGAGGAAGCAUAUGUGUUGACAGUAUGAAUAACAUAUAUCUCGCUUUGCCUGGAAAUACAGAUUCUACCCUCAGUAUCGUGAAAGUGCAUAGUAAGGACGGACAAGUAUCCUUUGAUCUUGUAUGGAGUGAAUCAGGAUUUGACGGCGAGCCUUCAGUCGAGAUACAAGAAAUGGAAGGAGGAGGUGAGAAUCUGUCCAUCUUUACAAGAACCGACAAACAAGAGAAUGGAAUUCGAGAUGUAGUUGUUUUGGAUUUUGAUCUCAACCGAUCUAGUUAG